CCGGGGCCCCGCCGCACUGCGCAUGAGCGGGAGGCGGCGGAAGGGCCCGUGAGGAGCCGGGAGCCGCCGCCGGAGGAAGCCGCCGCCGUCGCCGCCGCCCUCAGCGUCCGCCCGAGCCGGGAGGGAAGAGGCCUGCAGAGCCCCCACCAUGAACAAGUUGAAAUCAUCACAGAAGGAUAAAGUGCGUCAGUUUAUGGUCUUCACGCAAUCUAGUGAAAAGACAGCGGUGAGUUGUCUGUCUCAGAAUGACUGGAAGCUAGAUGUUGCAACAGACAACUUUUUUCAAAAUCCUGAACUUUAUAUACGAGAGAGCGUUAAAGGCUCGUUGGACAGAAAGAAGUUAGAACAGCUAUAUAACAGAUACAAAGAUCCUCAAGAUGAAAAUAAAAUCGGUAUAGAUGGUAUACAGCAGUUUUGUGAUGAUCUAGCUCUCGACCCAGCCAGCAUUACUGUACUCAUCAUUGCAUGGAAAUUCCGAGCUGCAACACAGUGUGAAUUUUCAAAGCUGGAAUUCAUGGAUGGAAUGACAGAGUUAGGAUGUGACAGCAUAGAAAAACUAAAGGCUCAGAUUCCUAAAAUGGAACAAGAAUUAAAAGAGCCAGGAAGAUUUAAGGAUUUUUAUCAGUUUACUUUCAACUUCGCAAAGAAUCCGGGACAGAAAGGUUUAGAUUUAGAAAUGGCCAUUGCCUACUGGAAUUUAGUACUUAACGGAAGAUUUAAAUUUCUAGACUUGUGGAACAAAUUUUUGUUGGAGCAUCAUAAAAGAUCAAUACCUAAGGACACCUGGAACCUUCUUCUAGACUUUAGUACAAUGAUAGCAGAUGAUAUGUCUAACUAUGAUGAGGAAGGGGCAUGGCCAGUUCUUAUCGAUGACUUUGUGGAAUUUGCACGCCCUCAAAUUGCUGGGACAAAAAGUACGACAGUGUAGCAUUAAAGGACCCUUCUAGAGUGUACAUAGUCUGUACAAAUACCUGAAAUGGAAAAUUGCACAGUCAAUUUCUGCUGGCUGGACUGAACUGAAGAUCAAUCCUCACAAUGUGGCUGAGGGUUGAGACAAACCUUUAAGGAUACAUCUUGGACCAUAUCAUAUUUCAUUCUUCUACUGGUGGUUUGGGCUUUUCUUCUAGUCUGGACCACUCUUGCCCGCUAAAAUUCCAACAUUGUGGAUUUCAUCAUGGAUUUUUUUUCUUGUGUGUGGACCACCCUAGUUUCAGCUCCCAUAAGUCCUAGAAGCUUUAUAAUUAUUUUGAGGCUUCUGGUUUCACAUAAAGCACAAUGCUGGUCAUCAUCAGACGACUAUUACAUGGCAUCUGAAUUAUACAGAUCAACAUCAAAACAAUUUUUAAAAGAAUCCUUAAAUAUACACUUGGGGCUAGUUGCAAAGACUAUUGAUAGCACUUCCUUUAAGAGUGAUAUAUUUAAGUGUACUGGGUCUGAUUUCUUUUUUUUGUUUUUGUUUUUUUUCUUUUCCGGAAAACUACAGGUAUCGUCUAAGUGAGUUUGAGCAUCUGGUAAAAACAAUUACAGAAAGAAACAAGAAAACCGAGGUUGUUGAUAUUGGGCUAUUUAGGUGCCUAUCUGAAUGGUUUGAUUGUACAUCAGCUGACUGAGAGAGCAGUUGAAGUACGACACAACUACUGUGCACUUACAGCACCCGCAUUUAAUGUUCUAGUCGGCCUUCAGUGAGCAUCAUUUGGAUGAACAGUGUGCGUAAGGGUAGAAUCUAGUAUGCUCUAGGUUGUUAUCUAAGAAAAUAGAUUUCCAGUUUUGAAAUGCUUAUCUGUCUGUCAAAGGAAGGCUUUUUCAUUUCUGUGGAGAUCUAAAACUUGAAUAUGCUGAAUUUGUGUCUUAAGUUUGCUACACAAUACAGUAUUUUAAAUUCAGACAUGAAACUUUUAUGCUUGAGGUAUGAAGAAGCAAAUGGCCCUGAUAUAAAAAGCAGGUGGUGCGUUUGAAAUGAAACUAGGUUUUGAAACCAUUAUCCUGAGAAGUAAGAAAGAUAAAUCUUUAUAACAUAUAGGUACUGCUGUUAUAGAUGACACCCAUUUUUAAUUAUUUUGUUGAGCUUUCCUUAAAAAGACACGUCACUGUGGUUGCCAAAUAGAGAAAUGAAGGGUAAAGCGUUCCCAAACAGGCACAGAUCAGAUACAAAAUACUACACUGGCUUUGUUUGCUUAAAUUAUUUUGUUGGUUCAUCACUACUUCUCAUUGUCUUACUGCGUUUAACUAAAUCAAGUUCAUUUUGUUCAAAACAGGUUUUAUCAGAUGCGCUUCUUUAUUUUUAAUAUUACAAGAGCUCGUGAGCUACUUUUGCGCUAAACAUGGUCUUUAAUUCUCAGUUAUUUGUGAAGAGAUUUGGUAUCUUAAGAUAAAUACUACUCUGUAAAGCAAGCUGGAAACUACCAAGCUCCAGGAAAAAAAAGGAAGACUAUAGCUACAAACAAGGGUAGAGGUUUGAGUCCAUGUGCUAAAUAGUCCCACGGUAAGGCCAGAAUUAUUUCUUAACUAAUUGGUACUUGCACUAAACAGCAGAACACUUCUAUGCAGAUGCUAAAAGUAUUUUAGGAAAAAAUUGACUAUUAAACUGCUAAAAAUGCUUAUUUCUGUUCUCUGAAGGUUUGACCACAAGGCUAGCUUCCCCUUAUAGCAGUGCCCUUUUAAGAAAAUCCAGCUGUGCAUUUAUUUCAAGGAUACAGUUCCACAGAAACAUUGCAGACUUUCUCCAGCUACUGGAAUUGGCUAUGCCAAAAAAUGUGUGUUUUGCUGCUUUUCAGUAUUUCCUUUCUAAAUUUUCUGUAAAUAUAAAUGGGGAUUUGAAAUUUCGGGGUGGGUGUGUGUGUGGGGAAAAAGCUCUACAAGGUAUCUAUGCGUGCUGUUUUCUGUGUUGAGGGUUUUGGUACAGUUUCAGAUUGAUUUGUUCAAGUAUGCUGUUUGGGAAAGAGAACUGACUUGGGUUUUUUUAUCCCAAUACAGACUUGUCCCUCAAAAAAAAGUCUGAGAUUGGGUAGUGGCAUAAUGCCGUGGUGUUUUACAGAAUAUUCCUUUUGAAUGCGAGAUCUUUUCAACAAAAUAGUGUUGUCAUCAGUUUGGUACUACGUGCUUAUAAUUACUGUGUAAUUAUAAAGAAAUACAUAAAACUUUGACUAAUUAUGUUGCAGAAAAAGGUUAUUUGUGCUAUGAUGGCAUCUUAAGAAUUUUUCGAAACAAAAUUGAAAGAAACAGUGAUUUAACAAGGUGUUGUUCUAAGGACAAAAUGCCUGGUUACAGAGAAUAUUUUGUACUGAAAAGUGCUCAGAUGUGGCCAUGUGUUUGUUUUUCCUUUAUAUAUUUGUUUUGUUUGUUUUUAAGAAUGCAGACAGUUGCUUACUUGGAUUGCUUUAAUUCAUAAGUGCUAAUGUCCUCAAUCUGAUGAUCUCCCCUUAAUGGAUCAAUUUGAUUUUGCCAAAUGUCAGGAAAAAAAAAGGUAAACAUCAAGUUUAUAACCUGUUUUUAUACAUUAAAGGUGUACAAAAUUAGAAGUGCCCUGAUACAAAACACUUAAUCUCAAGAUUAUAUUUAGUAAAAAGCAUCAUUUACAUAUCUCUGUAAGUUCAAAUGUAACUUCUUACAAUCCCUCUCAUUACCAACAGAGGCAAUAAAGCUCCAGUGAAAUUGCCAUGA